UAUAGCUCUAAGCCUCUAACCAAAGCCACGGCUGAUAUCACACACACUGAAGCUUUGUAAGUUUCCAAUGGCUUCCAUAACCUCUGAAAUAGCUUCUUUUUCUUCAUUGCCCAAAUGGAAGUAUGAUGUUUUCCUCAGUUUCAGAGGUGAGGACACCCGCAACAACUUCACAGACCAUCUCUAUGCUGCUUUGGAUCAAAAAGGAAUUAAGACCUUUAGAGAUGAUGAAGGACUUGAGAGAGGAAAACCCAUUUCCCCGAAGCUCUUGAAUGCUAUAGAAAAGUCGAAGUUUGCAAUCAUUGUUCUAUCAAGAAACUAUGCGUCUUCGUCUUGGUGCUUGGAUGAACUUGUAAAGAUUGUUGAGUGCAAGAAAAAGACUAGGCUAACAAUUUUGCCUGUUUUUUAUGGUGUAGAUCCAUCUGAUGUACGAAAACAGAAGGGCAGUUUUGCAAAGGCCUUUGCUAAACAUGAAGAACUUAUCAAGAACAAAGAGAAGUUGAAAUCGUGGAGAGAUGCUUUGACUCAAGUUGCCGAUCUCUCUGGAUGGGAUGCACGGAAUAAGAAGGAGUCAACAAUUAUCGAAGAGAUUGCCAGAAAAUCAAUUGGUGACUUGCAUUAUUCAUACUCAGGUGUUCAUGAGGAUCUUGUUGGAAUACAAUCUCGUGUGGAGGAAAUGGAGAAUUUAUGUUUAAGAAUGGGGUUGAAUGAUGUUCACCUUAUAGGGAUUUGGGGUAUGGGUGGAAUCGGUAAAACAACUAUUGCACAAGUCCUAUAUGAUAGAAUCCGUUGUCAUUUUGCUGGCAGCAGUUUUCUUGCAAAUGUCAGAGAAAAAAGUGGAAAUGGUGGUUUAGUUACUUUACAGAAACAACUUCUUUCUGAUGUCUUGUUCGAAAAAAAUAUUGAUAUUUGGGAUGUUCAACCGGGAAUCAAUUUGAUAAGUAGUAGAUUAUGUCAUAAGAAGGUUCUUGUCAUUCUUGAUGAUGUGGAUCAACCUGAACAAUUAAAAGCUUUAGCAGGCAAGCGAAGUUGGUUUGGUGAAGGGAGUGUGAUCAUUAUAAUAACUAGGGAUCAAAAUUUGUUAAUUAGACAUGAAGUGGCUGAACAAAAUAUAUACAAGGCUAAGAAAUUGGAUAAUGAUGAAGCUCUUAUGCUUUUUAGUCUGAAAGCCUUCAAGCAGGAAAAUCCUUUAGAAGGUUACGAGGUGCUAUCUAAAAAAUUUGUACGUUAUGCUCAAGGCCUUCCUUUAGCACUCAAAGUUUUGGGCUCCUUCACGUUUCGUAGAGAUCCAAAAGCAUGGGAAUCUGAACUAGGUAGACUAAAAGAAAAUCCGGAAUGGAAAAUCCUGGAUGUGCUCCGUAUAAGUUUUGAUGGCCUAAAGAUAAUAGAGCAAAAAAUAUUUUUGGAUAUUGCUUGUUUCUUCAAAGGAAUGACUAAAUAUCGUGUAGCAAACAUACUACAAACUCCCCAUUACAAGCCUUACAUUGAUAUAGACAUACUUGUAGAAAAAUCUCUUAUAACCAUCUUAGAUGAAGAAGAAUUAUGGAUGCAUGAUUUACUACAAGAAUUGGGUAAGGAAAUUGUUCGUCAUGAAUCCCUUGAAGAACUCGGUAGACGGAGUAGAUUGUGGGUUAAGGAGGAUGUCCUUCAUGUACUAAAAAAUAAUACAGGAACUGAAAAAGUUGAAGGCAUAUUCAUCAACACCUGUUCAAAAGAAGAGGACUUGAAUGUUGAAGAAAAAGUAGAGGACUUGAAUGCUAAAACCUUCUCAAAGAUGAGAAAUCUAAGAUUGCUUAAAAUUUGUAAUGUGCGCCUUCCUCAAGGACUUAAUUCUCUUUCAAGUGAUUUACGUCUUAUGGAUUGGCCUGAAUGUCCUUUGAAAUUCAUGCCAAAAAAUUUCAAUCCUGACAAACUUGUUGAACUCAUUAUGCCUUGUAGCCGUAUCAAACAACUAUGGGAGGGAAACUGGAGUUUAAAGUGGCUAAGAAUCAUCAACCUCAGUGAUUCUAGAGAAUUGAUCAUGACUUUGGAUUUUGCUAGAGUCCCAAAUCUUGAGAAGUUGAUUCUCAAAGGUUGCACAAAAUUGCCUACGAUUGACGCAUCCCUUGGAGAUCUCAAACAUCUUAUUUUGUUGGAUUUGAGCAAUUACAAAUGUCUUAAAAGCCUUCCAUGCGAGAUCAACUGGGAAUCUCUUGAAAUUUUUAUUCUUUCAGGUUGUUCAAAGUUGAAGAAGUUUCCAGAAAUUAUGGGGAAUAUGUCACGCUUGCUAAAACUUUAUUUGGAUGGGACUGCUAUAGAAGAUCUACCAUUAUCAAUGAAGCAGUUAAUUGGGCUUAUCAAAUUGGAUCUAACAAAUUGCAAAAACCUUUCAAGACUACCGAGAGUCCCAAAUCUUAAGAAGCUGAUUCUCAAAGGUUGCACAAAAUUGUCUAUGAUUCACGCAUCCCUUGGAGAUCUCAAACAUCUUAUUUUGUUGGAUUUGAGCAAUUGCAAAUGUCUUGAAAGCCUUCCGUGCGAGAUCAGUUGGGAAUCUCUUGAAAUUUUUAUUCUUUCAGGUUGUUCAAAGCUGAAGAAGUUUCCAGAAAUUGUGGGGAAUAUGUCAUGCUUACUAAAACUUUAUUUGGAUGGUACUGCUAUAGAAGAUCUACCAUUAUCAAUGGAGCAGUUAACUGGGCUUAUCACAUUGGAUCUAACAAAUUGCAAAAACCUUUCAAGUCUUCCUGGAGUCAUUUGUAGUUUGACAUCACUAAAAACUCUCACUCUAUCUGGUUGCUUAAAACUUGACAAUAUGCCAAUGAAUUUGGGGAAUCUAGAAGGCCUAAAGGAACUAGAUGUAAGUGGAACUGCUAUAAGAGAGCCACCUUCCUCCAUCUUUUGCUUAAAAAAUCUCAAAAUACUAUCUUUCCAAGGAUGUAAUGGGCUGUCAAUGUCAAAAACUCCAGAUCUCAUGGGCUUGGUAUCUGUAUCAGGUUUGUGUUCAUUAACUAGAUUGAAUAUGAGGAACUGCAAUCUUCAAUCAAUCCCUAGUGAUAUUGGCUGUUUGUCCUCAUUAAAAGAAUUAGAUCUAAGUGGAAAUAAUUUUGUUUUCAUUCCUGAAAGCAUUAAUCUACUAUCUAAGUUGAGAGAAUUUUGGGUGGAGAAUUGCAAGAAUCUUCAAUUGUUGCCUCGAUUGAUGACUCCUUACAUUCAAGUUCGGGCAAAUGGAUGUGCCUCAUUGGAAUCUUUUCCACCAUUUAAAAUGAAAGAUGAUUCAGGAAAAUCUUUUUAUCUUCUCAAUUGUUUCCAAUUUGUUGAAAAUCAAGGCUGUUGUGACUUGUUCACUGCAAUGCUAAGAGAAUAUUUUCAGGAAUUGUGCUAUCGAGAAUCAACUACAAAACGUAGCUUUGAUGUUUUUCUUCCCGGAAGUGAAGUUCCGAACUGGUUUAGGCAUCAUAGUGUGGGGGCUUUAAUAAAUCUGGAACUGCCUUCAUAUUUAUUUGAACAAAUUAGAGGAAUUGCUCUCUGCGCUAUUUUUCGACACCACCAGCAUCGUGGUUAUGACAGUUACGAGCUUACGUGUCGCAUUAAAGCCAAUGGAAGGGACUUUACGAGUUUUUUUCCCGCACGUGUUUCGGGAGAGUUUAAUACGGUUGAGUCGGAUCAUUGUUGGUUCAUUUAUUUAUUUCCUCGUUCAAUCGAAUUCUUCCUUGGAGCAGAAUUACCUGAAAUUGCUGAUGGAUCCAGCUGUCAAGUUGGGAUUGAAUUCAUACUCGAAGGUGAACGCAUGAUCGAGACAAGGAAAUGCGGGUCCCAUAAGGUAAUGUAUGGAGAUAUUGAGGAACAGAACAGGCUGGAGACAAAGAAAUGUGGGGCCAUGUGGUAUACGAGGAAGAAAUUGAAGAUCUGAUACGCAGCAUGGGUCCAGGGCCUGCCCUAAGCUUAGGCCACUGCCUAGGGUCCCUUUACUAGAGAAGGCCUCA